AUGACGACAACAUCGUUUGUCCGUUCCGGAAUCCAUGCGGUCCAGUUGCUGAUCUCCAUCGAUUGGCACGCGAGGGACCGUCAGACUUCAAUUUCUCGUCAUCGCGUUGCUCAACGCACAGAUUUUCUAAGCUCCGAAGGGCUCAUUUUUGGCGUUGAGCUCACUUUCACCCACCUGCUCGAAAGCUGCACACUACACUGCUACGACGUCGAUUCCAAGCGUCGACACACUUCACAGGAUUACAAGAUGGCCAGCACCAGUGCCGACUUUGAUCUCUCCGAGUUGCAAAAGUACUAUCAUCUGCCACUGCGUGAAGCUGCACGCCGCCUUGGAAGUUGCGAAGCCGUGGUCAAGCGCGUUUGUCGAAGAAAACAAAUCCAGCGGUGGCCCUAUCGUCAGGUAUCGUCAAAACUCAUCAAGAUUCAGCAUCUGUGCAAGUAUAUGGCACACGUGUCAGAUACCGAGCAAAAAUCUCGCAUUCAACAGAAAAUUAAGCAGCUCACACAAGAAUAUCUGGAGCUCGUAGGUGGCCAAGUGCCAUCCGAGCUGCAGCUUACACCCGCAGAAGUACCAACAUUACCGCCACCAAGUUACAAGGGCACCAGCCCUAUAGACCCUGCCCGAUUAUCUGCGUACUCAUUGCGCUUUAUUCUAUCCGACUGUACUGUGCUCGAGACUGACACAGGGCUUCAGUACAGCACCACUGCCUAA